GGCUAUUUCAUCCGCGAUUUCGAGCUGCGAGGGCGUCGCGGCGAGGGAGAUUUCUCUUUUGAAUCCACCGAUCGAUCCAGCGAGGAAGUAUGGUGGAGGAGCUCACGGAGGAGCAGAUUUCCGAGUUCAAGGAGGCAUUCAGCCUCUUCGACAAGGACGGCGACGGAUGCAUUACGACCAAAGAGCUGGGAACAGUGAUGCGAUCGCUCGGACAAAAUCCCACCGAGGCGGAGCUCCAAGACAUGAUCAACGAGAUCGACGCCGACGGCAGCGGCACCGUGGAUUUCCCCGAGUUUCUAAACCUCAUGGCCAGGAAGAUGAAAGACACCGACUCGGAGGAGGAGCUCAAGGAGGCGUUUCGCGUGUUUGACAAGGAGCAAAACGGCUUCAUCUCCGCGGCGGAGCUGCGGCACGUCAUGACGAAUCUCGGGGAGAAGCUCACCGACGACGAAGUUGACGAGAUGAUCCGCGAGGCAAACGUGGAUGGCGAUGGGCAGAUCAACUACGAGGACUUUGUAAAGAUGAUGAUGUCCAAGUGAUCAAAGAGAGAAGUGAAUCACGCCAUAUACUCUGUGCCGUGUAGUGUGCAAUGCUUUCGUUUCCUCACUGCCUUGUAUGAAAUACAUUUUCGAUCGGGAAGUUACUCGCCAUAA